GGUGGCGUACAUCCUGUGCUCCACGGGCGAGACGCAAACAAGAAAAGCAGUUGAGUUGUUUGGUGCAAAAAGCAGCUUCCCGGGAUCGCUCCAGCCACGGUGUCGUUGUGAUCAAUCCGCAUUGUGGUGCCCUGGACAGCAGUGCUCCAGAAGAGAGCCAAAGGGGAGAGAGCAUCACCCCCUGCUUGUCAGACAUCCACAGCCGAGCUGGAAAUUUCGGUAGGAGCCUGUGGAGGGCAGCGCUGCCUUGCUGGGGAUAGUGCACAGAAUAGCUCAAAGAUGCCAGCUGCUAAGAACAAGCACAGACCACCCAUCUCACAAUGGGAACAAGUUCUCAUGAGGCUCCCGCACUGACUAUGGCUUUAAUACCAACAACCAACCAAACAAACCUCAUCAGUGCUCUCUGGAGGUGAGAACAGCAAUUCCAGAUAAUGAAAUCCUGGCAGGACAAACGCUCCUGAAGUCUCAGAGAAGGGCUUCCUUGGAUGUCUUUGAACUCUUGCUCUUGAUGGCAUUCUGCCUCUGUUUGUACUGAGCCUCCUGGGUCUAAGAGAGCAGUGUUGCAAAAGGGGCCCACGUACUCUACUGCAGGAUCUGUAAGGGAGUAAAGCAGUCCUAGAUGGGAUUUUUAACAUGGCAACAAAGCCAGAACUUUCAGCUUCAUAAUUUUCCCAAAUUCAGAUGCUCUUUUUUCUUCACAUUGCAGAAAAGCUGUCUCUGAUACAACCUGAGUGUGUGAAGAGAGGAGCAAGAUGCUUCACACCAGAGACAACUCCUUUCCAAGCAGCAGCGCAGGGGGCACAGCAUCCUAUGAAACACCAGCUCUAGCAGACCUCCAGCGACUGCUUUGGUUCAGAGGAGGGUCUGAUAACCACGUGGACCAAGUCUGGCCAAAUAUUUACCUGGGAGAUGCGUGGGCUGCUAGGAGUAUAACUACUAUUCAAAGCCUCAACAUAACUCAUAUCCUCAAUGCAGCAGAUGGGCCAUAUAGCAUCAACACAGGAGCCAGAUAUUACAAAGAUCUGCAAAUAGAGUACUUCGGAAUAGAAGCAUUUGAUGAUCCUUCCUUUGAUUUAAGUAUCUUCUUCUAUGAUGCUGCCAAUUUCAUAGGCAAAGCCUUAAACACUUCAGGAGGUAAAGUGUUCGUCCACUGUGCCAUGGGGGUGAGCCGCUCUGCAACGUUAGUGCUUGCCUUUCUGAUGAUCCAUGAAAACAUGACGCUCGUGGAUGCUCUGAAAACGGUGGGUUCUCACAGAGACAUCUGCCCAAACACAGGGUUCCUCAGCCAGCUGCGAGAACUGGACAUUAAAUUAAGCGAGGAGAGGAAAGGAACCAGAGAACCUGCUAGCAAAGCAUUGUGAAACAGUAUCGCUAGAAGAGAGAGGACAAAACCUUACUUGAAUUUCCUGGAUCUCUUCGAAAUGGAUUGCAUUUGCAAACUAAGGACAUAAGUUUAAGAUGCACUAGAUUGUAUGUUGUUACUAAGAAUACAUUUUACCCGACCUUCCUGUUUUGCAAAGCCACCUUAGCUUACACCUACUGUUGGUCGGAUAUUAUAUCCUUCCCUCUCCACCUUAAAACAUUGCUCUCUGUUGGUUUAAAAAAAAAAAAAAAAAAAAAGAUAUCAGGUUCCACUUCAGAAAUAGCUGCAUUUCAGCAACGAGUGAAGCUCAUAUCACUUUAUGAAGUGUUAGGCCAUUUGAGGUGAAAGAUGCCGUAUUAUUUAUGCUACAAUAAUGCUUAGAAGUUUUCUUACGGAUCAGCCGCCCCCCAUCCCCUUCACUUUCUGUAUCCAAAACGGUUCAUAUUUUGAGACCUGAA